UGUUUUACAUCACAAAACAUUUCUGCGUUAUCAACUCCAUCUGUUAUUUAAAGCAUGCUUGAAAACGGGGAGCACUUUUUCGAAGGGGUUGAAAAACUCCUUGAAAUUUGGUUCGAGGAGAGCCCCAACAACGAGAAUGACCUGCGGAACAUCAGCAGAUCUGAUUGGGAAAAAGUUCUUGGCAAUGUCAACUGUGAAAUAAUAAGCACUUCCAAAAAUGAUAAUUUACUUGCCUUUGUUUUAAGUGAGAGCAGCAUGUUUGUUUCGAAGCGAAGGUGGAUUUUAAAAACAUGUGGAACCACGACUCCUCUAAAAUGCCUGAGCCUGUUACUGCAGCUAGCAGCUGAAAAUGGAUUCGAUGUGGUUGCCGACCUAUUCUACUCUCGAAAGAAUUUUACAAGGCCUGAAGUACAGAUAACUCCGCAUCAGGGCUUUACAGAGGAAGUCACGUAUCUGGAUUCCAUUUUCCCCAAUGGAAGAUCUUAUUGUUUGGGAUCUAUGAACUUGGAAUGUUGGUACCUCUAUACUUUCAGUCGCUCUGAUGUAAAGGCCUCUCCCCAGCUUAUCUCUGUUGACGAGAAAGAUGUGGACUCUGAGCCGGAUCAAACAAUUGAGAUACUUAUGCAGGAUCUAGAUGCGGAGACUAUGUCCAUCUUUUACAAGAAUAAAUUUGCCAGUGCCAAUGAAGCUACCAAGGAAUCCGGUAUAGAUACAAUCUUGCCAACCAUGCAUAUAGACGAUUUCCUAUUUGAUCCUUGUGGAUAUUCUAUGAAUGGAAUAAAUGAUAAGGGAGAAUACAUGACGAUCCACAUUACUCCCGAAAAUCAGUUCUCGUACGUGAGCUUUGAAACGAAUGUGGCUUUGAGUAACUACAGGAAACUUAUCAAUCAAGUGAUCAAUACGUUCAAGCCCGGGAAAUUUAUAGUAACUAUUUUUGCAAAUAAGUGCUCUCUGGCGUACGAAACAAUGAAAGAGCUGGAAGUGGAAUAUUCGAAGGGAUCGCAUUGGAAGAGAACCGACAUGCAAUGCUGCAAUUUUCCGUCUUACAACUUACUUUUUGCUCAAUAUUCUCAUGACGAAAAAAAUGGUGAUAGUUUAUGAAAUUCCAAUUGUAAAUGAAUGUUGAAUGUAAGUUUCACAGUUCGUUUGUUAUUAGUUAAAAUAAAUAAAUGUCGAAUACAAAAUAA